AUGGGUCUGUGUUAUUCAGUAGAUAGGACCACUGGGAAGGAACCGGGAGAAACCAGCACCACCGCCACUACUGCGGAGACGUCGGAGGACAGACUAGGCUCCGGGCGGUGGCGGCGGCCGAGAGAUUUAAAGUGCGGCGGCGAAAUCGAAGGGAAUCAACAGGUUUUGGGUCGGUUGGUUUCUAAUGGUUCAAGUGAGAUUGCAUGUCUUUACACACAGCAAGGCAAGAAAGGAACCAAUCAAGACGCUAUGCUUGUCUUUGAGAACUUCUGUUCAAGAGACGAUACAGUGUUCUGUGGUGUAUUCGACGGACAUGGACCGUUUGGUCAUAUGGUUGCAAAGAAAGUCCGAGAUACAUUGCCAUUCACACUCUCAACCCAACUGAAAAUGACCUCAGAAUCCGAACAAAGCGGGUUAGUGGAUGAGAGUGGCUUACAGAUCAAGUCUACAGAGGAAGGAGAAGAAGAAGUGCAGAGAAGUGAGGCUGUUGUUACUACAAUGGAUGAGCAAUGGUGUGAGUUGAAUCCAAAUGAGAACAACGAAGAGCUUCCAGAGAUGUAUCUGCCUCUUAAACAUGCGCUGCUCAAGAGUUGUCAGCAGAUUGAUAAAGAGUUGAAGAUGCAUCCAACUAUUGAUUGUUUCUGCAGCGGAACAACUUCAGUCACUUUGAUCAAACAGGGUGAGGACUUGGUGCUUGGGAAUAUUGGUGACUCGAGAGCUGUUCUUGCUACAAGAGACGAAGAAGACAAUGCUUUGCUCGCUGUACAAUUAACCGUAGACUUAAAACCGGAUUUGCCAAGUGAAUCAGCGAGAAUCAAGAAAUGUAAAGGUAGAGUCUUUGCAUUGCAAGACGAGCCUGAAGUAGCUCGUGUAUGGCUACCAAACAGCGACUCGCCAGGUUUAGCAAUGGCACGAGCUUUUGGAGACUUUUGUCUGAAAGAUUACGGUCUAAUCUCUGUUCCAGAUAUCAACUACCGUCGUCUUACAGAACAAGAUCAGUUCAUUAUUCUCGCAAGCGACGGGGUAUGGGAUGUGUUAUCGAACAAGGAAGCUGUUGACAUUGUUGCUUCAGCUCCUAGUAGAAGUACAGCGGCUAGAGCUCUAGUGGACACAGCGGUUAGAUCAUGGAGAAUAAAGUAUCCAACUUCGAAAAACGACGACUGUACUGUGGUCUGCCUCUUUCUAAAAGAUUUAUCAGUAGCCAUGGAAGUUUCAAGCAAUGUGGUAAACGAUUCACACAAAGAAGACUCCAUAGAGAGUGUCAGUAUCAGCAACAAGGAGGAGGAGGAGGACGAGAUUGUCCCGGUUAAAGAGGAAAAGAGUAGAGAGAUUGAGUCGAAGAAGAUGAUGACAAUGACACUUGCAGAAUGUAUAUCGGUUGCACAGGAUGAUGAAGAGUGGUCUGCUUUGGAAGGAUUGACUAGAGUCAAUAGUCUCUUGAGCAUUCCAAGGUUCUUCUCUGGUGAGCUUAGAUCAACUAGUUGGAGAAAAUGGCUGUGA